GCAUGACUUUCUAGGUUAGAAAGCAACACAGCUUCUGGCUGGCUCUUUCCAUCUCUCUCUUCUGAAUGGUGGACUUCAGAAUCCAGCCAUCAUAUUGCAAGGAAGUUCAGACCACAUGAAAAGGCUCAUAUAGAGAGGAAUUAAAGCCCCAGUUGAGAGCCAGCAUCAGCUGCCAGACAUGUGAGUAAAUGAGCAUUAAGAUGUUUUCAGCUCCCAGCCUUUGAGUCUUCUGACUAAGGCCUCAGAUAUUGUGGAGCACAGAUAAGCCAUUCCUGCUGUGAUCUAUAUAAAUUUCUGACCCAUAUAAAUCCAGAGAGAUAAUACAUGAUUAUUGUUGUUUUAAGCCAUUAAGUUUUGCAGUAAUUUGUUACACUGCCAGAGUAACUGAAGCACUCCUCUCAUGCUGCUUAAGGUCAUAAAAACUGCUUAGGCACUCUCUUACCUCUCUUGGGCUCCUGUCGCACACCAGGCCUUCCUCCUGUACAGAUACCCACCUGUUGUCUCUAGCUCCCUGCCUGGGGACAAUUUUCUGACUGUGUAAAAGUGAACUAGAGUCCAAGCAAAGCAAUGGUGGCCCCACUGUGCUGAGGAGCAGAGACCAGAGUUCAGGGCAGAAGAAGAGAAGAGAACCAGAAAUUAAUUAACGGGAACUUGAUCAAAAUGCCACUGAAAAAGUCCAGGCAAUGUUCACAGCCAUUGAUGAACUCUUGUAUGAGCAGAAGUUGAGUGUGCAUACCAAGAGUCUACAAGAAGAGUGCCAACAGUGGACAGCCAGCUUUCCUCACCUCAGGAUUCUAGGUAGGCAGAUAAUCACUCCAAGUGAAGGUUAUAGAUUGUAUCCUAGAUCCCCUUCUGCUGUUUCUGCUUCAUAUGAAACAACCUUGUCUCAAGAAAGAGAUUCUACUAUAUUUGGUAUAAGGGGAAAGAAGUUACAUUUUUCAUCUUCUUAUGCUCAUAAAGCAUCUUCCAUUGCCAAAUCCUCCAGCUUUUGUUCUAUGGAAAGAGACGAGGAAGACUCUAUAAUCUUCUCGGAAGGAAUAAUUGAGGAAUACCUAGCAUUCGAUCACACAGAUAUGAAAGAGGGAUUUCAUGGCAAGAAAUCAGAAGCAGCUACAGAGAAACCGAAAUUAGGGUAUCCUCCCAUUGCUCCAUUUUACUGCAUAAAAGAAGAUGUCCUUGCUUAUGUGUUUGACAAUGUAUGGAGCAAGGUUGUGAGCUGUAUGGAGGAGUUGACACGUAGUCACUGGGAAGGAUUUGCCUCUGAUGAUGAGAGUGAUGUUGCAAUUACCAGACCCGAUUCAGAAAGUUCAUGUGUGCUGAGUGAACCACAUCCUUUGGUGUUACCACGAGUGCCACAGUCUAAGGUGCUGUCCAUUACCUCAAAUCCGAUGAGUCUCUGUCAAGCAAGCAGUCAUCAGCCAAAUGUGAAUGGUCUUUUGGUUCAUGGGAUGCCUCUACAGCCAAGAAAUCUCUCCCUAAUGGACAAGCUCCUAGAUCUUGAUGACAAGCUACUUAUGAGGCCUGGGUCCAGUACCAUCCUUUCAACUCGAAAUUGGCCAAAUCGAGCUGUGGAGUUUAGUACAUCAUCUCUGUCAUACACAGCGCAGUCCACCAGGAGACGCAAUCCACCGCCACGAACCCUUCAUCCGAUCAGCACCAGCCAUUCACGUGCUGGAACACCAAGACCUAUGGAAGAAAUCCUCAGAGGAGCCCGAGUCCCAGUGGCAGCCGACUCGCUCUCCUCUCCCUCACCAAUGCCCCUGAGUCGAAAUAAUCUGCUACCACCUAUUGGCACAGCUGAAGUGGAACAUGUGAGCACUGUGGGGCCACAAAGACAGACGAAACCCCAUGGCGACUCUACUCGAGCUCAAAGUGCGGUGGUGGAUGAACCUAACUAUCAGCAGCCACAAGAAAGGCUCCUUUUGCCCGACUUUUUCUCCAGGCCCAACACAACUCAAUCAUUUUUGCUGGAUACACAGUAUCGUCGCUCGUGUGCAGUUGAGUAUCCGCAUCAGGCCAGACCUGGCAGGGGAUCUGCAGGUCCUCAGUUACAUGGGUCUACAAAAUCUCAAAGCAGAGGCGGACCAGUCUCUCGAACCAGGCAGGGACCAUAAGGCAAAUGAGAAGAACCUGUCAGGCUGCAGGAAACACGAGAUUUCAUGAAGCCGUAUUCAGUCAUCAAGUGAUGUAGAGCUUGUAUAGAAGAUCGACUAGAAACCAUCUUCAUGAAGGGUGAUUUUGGCACAAGUGACUGAAGAACAAAACAGCACAGCCGCCAAAAAUGACAUGCGUGUUUUUUCUAUCUCCAGUUACUGUCUCUUUCAGCAGAAAUUAACCUAUUCCAUUGGAAAGAAAAGUUUGUACCCAAAGAUGCAACAAUGAAUAAUAGCCAAAUCACUGCUCAUGUUGUCUCUUAACAAUGAUCAGUUCAAUCAUAUAGGAUUUGAUGAGCUCACACAUACAUAAAAAGCAGCAAAUGGUCAGUGACAAUAUCACUGGCUUCAGAAUACUUCAGCUUGUGUUCAUUUCUGGAGAGCUAUACUCAGUUUUAAGUCAUUUUGCUAUCAAAAAUCUGACCUCAUCCAACAGACGUCAUUUCUAAAACUCUCUUUAGAUGUCCUACCCUAUUAACAGAUUAAAAUGGAAGGGGUGUGUAACUAAAGACAUAAAUGUUAAGCAUUAAAGUAACUUCUGUAAUAAAGUAUAUUGCAUAUUUUUUUAGAUAGGACAGUUCAACCUUAUGAUGCCUACCUGAUGCCGGGUUAUGCUUAUUUUCUUCCUAAAGUAGGUUACUGGUCAUAUCUUUUUUCCAAAUAUUAAAUGCACCUUGCCAGAUAUUCUCCUGCAACUCUAAGGAAAGGAAGUCAAAAAAUAAUUUGUAGAAUCUACUAUUGGGCCAAAGUAUAAUUCCCUAAAAGUUUAAGAAACCCUGGCAAUUAAUUCAGCAUAAACAUAUCCUAUAAACAGCAGGAGAGGUUCAGCUUUCUGACUUUACUGUGGACCUAAGGGCAUUCAUGAAAGCAGCAACAGUUUUAACUAUGGCUUAAAUUUAUUUUAAAUUUCACUAAAUACAAAUCUUGAUUGUCAUGCCAGUUUUAGAUCUUAUUAAUUUUCAGAAUGGAUAAAUUCAAUAAUCAUAAAUUGCAAUAACUUUUUUUUUAUACCAAGGUGUUCUAAUGCCAUCAUAUGAAGACAGAUGCUUCAAAGAACCUGCACUAAAUUAUAUUUUUAAUACAAUUAAAAACUAUUUUUAACCUA